CCAUUUCUGUACGGUGCGGUAUCGUUAAGGGAGGUGAGUGAAGUURGCAUGCGGUUUGUUUUCUUACAUAAUUGUCCCAUAAAAAUCAUYGAUAAAUUGUUCUGAUCCAUCAUACAGACAGAAAAAUUUCAACAACAACACAACACUUGCACGAUGUCAACGAUAUUGAACGAAUCCACCCAAACAAGAAUGCUCGAGUGGGCACUUGCACUCUUCUCACUCACGGUAUUGGGUUGUGUCAUGUACAAAAAAUCGAGAUUCGGGGCAGAAAGCGAGGACAUCGAUGAAUCAAUCCACCCGAACCCAACCGCGAACACCACCACGGCCAAUCGAAAAAAUGUUCCGAAAUGGGAAGAACAGAAGAGGAGAGCGGUUAUWUUCAAACUCUUCCAAACCGAGCACAUCCAAGAGGUAAGUUCGAACCAACGGAAGCAACGAAACACACUAAAGCCACACAAAUCCAUUCGCGCCACUUCCGUUUUCUCACSCGCKCACGGCAAUUCCUGUAAAUUAUGGCUCCUGCRUGAUCACAGAGAGUAACGUGCAGUCGGAUCCGACGCAGCCGUUCCGUAAGCAUGGGAUCCGCYACGACAARAGACAGCGAGUCGCUCGAUGGCGAAGAAGACCGCGAGGACGUAUGCUCUCUGGACGGRGAGGARGACCACGGGAUAGUGAUGGURGGCGGCGCGGACGGCGUCCACAGCGACGGCGGCACCGAACCCGACGACACCGACAUUGAAACCGGUGGAGAYCCAGGCGGCACCGGCGGAAAGCCGGUGGCCAAUCUCUGCGCCAUCUGCCUAGAGGAAUACCACGAGGGAGACACCAUCGUGUGGUCCUCGAACAAGAACUGCCGCCACGCSUUCCACCGGGAUUGCCUGACGAGCUACCUCGUAAAGAUAAACGCGAAGGACACGUACGAGUCCUACCCGUGCCCGUGCUGCCGGCAAAACUUUUUCUACGAAGACYGCGGCGACGGCGSGAAGCAGAACACGAGUGCUUCGACCGGCAGCGAAGAAGAAGAGGUGUGACGGAACACCGGUGACCCGAUGCUCUCGAGUGGUGAUCGCAUCGGCAAUGAUUGAACCGCGACGUGUCAAUGCGAAUCGGGUGCUGGCAAGGACACACCGCGUCCUUCAGCGAGAACGAAAUGCUCUUGGUCUCUKGGGCUCUUGAGUCAUUAUUGAUUUUGGUUGCGAGACCAGCACCACCAUCCAUGGGCUAUCAUGCUUUGCAGGGUAGAAUUUGUUUGUUCCCCAACGUUAUGGUAUUGGUCAAACAAAAACAAACCAACACUCAGUUAACAGAAGAAAAUGAACCAUUGUGAUUUUGCAAGAAAAUGCGAAUUUUGUUCCUUCAAGAACACGGGUUGGCUCUAUCGAUCCGACCAACACACCCGAGUAGCUAGUAGUAGUAGUAGUACCAGUAGUAGUACCAGUAGUAGUACCAGUAGUAGUAGUAGUAGUAGUACUAGUCGUCGUCACUGAUUUGUUUUCCUUAGAAGAAAGAUCCUCUCGUUCUAUGGAAGAGAUUUUUUUGUUUUGCUUUCACUUUGCUUGGUCUUGCUACGAGCAGGAAAGAAACAUCAAAUGCAUAC